UAAAAAAUAGGCAAAAGGUCAGGGUUGUAGCGUUUUAGUUUGCAGAGCUGGUCUGUGAUAAAGCUUAGAUUUACACUGACCUUCGCCAGGUUUGGAGCGGAAACAAGCAUUAUGGCUCUCAUUAGAGGUGUGUUUAUCGUGUCUGCCAAGCGCACGCCCUUUGGCACGUACGGGGGGCUCCUGAAGGACCACAGCGCCACCGACCUGGCAGAGCACGCGGCGAGGGCGGCGCUGGCUGCAGGGAACGUGGCACCGGAGAUUGUUAACAGCGUCAUUGUGGGUAACGUCAUGCAGAGUUCCUCUGAUGCGGCCUACAUAGCCAGGCAUGUGGGCCUUCGUGUCGGUGUGCCAAUUCCUGUCCCCGCUCUCACAGUCAACCGGCUUUGUGGUUCUGGCUUCCAGUCAAUUGUUAAUGGAGCACAGGAAAUAUGCCUGAAGGAAUCUGAAGUGGUUCUGUGUGCUGGAUCAGAGAGCAUGAGCCAGGCUCCUUAUGCAGUGCGCAACAUCAGGUUUGGAACAAAGUUUGGGGUGGAUCUCAAGAUGGAAGAUACUCUGUGGGCAGGCCUGACAGAUCUGCACAUCAAAACCCCAAUGGGAAUAACUGCAGAGAAUCUUGCCGAAAAGUAUGAAAUCACCAGAGAGGACUGUGACAGAUAUGCGCACCAGACGCAGCAGCGAUGGAAAGCUGCCCAAGAUGCAGGCCACUUCAGUGCUGAAAUGACUCCCAUUGAGGUGAAAACAAAGAAAGGAAAACAGCCAAUAAAUCAGGAUGAGCAUCCCAGGCCUCAGACAACGCUGGAACAAAUGGCCAAAUUGCCAACUGUCUUCAAGAAGGGAGGAACGGUCACUGCCGCAAAUGCAUCAGGUGUGUCUGAUGGUGCUGCUGCAGUGGUGAUAGCCAGUGAGGAGGCACUGAAACAGCACAAGCUUACACCUUUGGCGAGGCUUGUAGCUUAUCAUGUAUCUGGCUGUGAUCCCAACAUAAUGGGUAUCGGUCCUGUGCCUGCCAUUACUGAAGCACUUAAAAAAGCAGGACUAUCUUUGAAAGACAUGGAUUUGGUAGAGGUGAACGAAGCCUUUGCUCCACAAUACCUUUCUGUGGCCAAGGUGCUUGGAUUAGACCCCGAGAAGUCAAAUGUGAAUGGGGGUGCCAUAGCCCUCGGUCACCCACUGGGCGCAUCUGGUACAAGGAUCACAUCUCACCUUGUUCAUGAGCUCAGGCGACGUGGAGGAAAAUACGGAGUGGGGUCUGCCUGUAUUGGCGGAGGUCAAGGAAUUGCUGUAAUCAUUGAGAAUACUCAAUGAGGAAACAAUAGGAUGGACUAUCAUCACUGCUUUCUCAUUCAGAAUGGCAAUUUUUAAAAUAAAGUCCAGGUGCUUAUGUUUACAGAAAACAGAAAAUGAAAUGAGGUUUAAUGACUUCACUACCACAACUUCCUAGUACCAGUUUUGUUUUUGUUUGACAAUUGAAUGCAAUUGAUGCUACAAAAUAAUAAUAGAGGUCUUCUACUAAAAAAGGGCUAUUAAUAUGAAAACAAAUUAUUUACUUUACAAAUAUGAUAAAAUAUUCAUGCUUUCAGGUGUAGUGAAAGCAUUACAGUAGCAACUGUUCUCUUACUAUGUAGCUGACACUCAGCUGUUCUGUUAUCUGUAUUUGCUUGGCAUAUUUACUUUGUAACAGGGAAAUACAUGGUAAUAAUUCCUGCAUGAAGUGAAAAAGCCGUGAAGAUUUAAUGUUGAUGCCUAUAAGAGUCUAUGGAUCAUAUUUAAAUAAAGUUUGAAUGAGAAGCCUAA